AUGGCAGAAGCUGCCGGUCUUGUCGUUGGCGUCGUGGGCCUCGCCGCGCUAUUCAAUAACGCCGUCGAGUGCUUCGACUACGUCCAACUGGGCCGUAAGUUUGGCAAGGACUUCCAAACAUGUCAGCUCAAGCUUGAUAACGCAAAGCUACGGCUCUCUCGAUGGGGUGCCGCCCUGGGUCUAAACGAAGGCGCGGGGGGCAGGCUAAAAAUACCACCUCAGGAAAUGGCCCAGGCAGAAGCUCUCAUGGGCCAAAUCCUCGAGCUAUUCGCAGACGCGGAAGGCAUUUCGGACAAAUUUAAAUGUCAGGCUCGCACAGACGUUGCAGAUGUCACUACCGACCUCAGCCUUGCAGUAUGCGACCCAAGGACUGACCUUGAUCCAGCGCUUAGAGAACUGCAUGAAAAAAUGCGGGAGUUGGCUAUUACGCGCCAGAAACAGACAGGUCUACGGCAGAAGGCCAAGUGGGCGCUGUACGAGAAAAAGAACUUCACCGGGUUACUAGAGGACAUUACCGAGUUGGUUGAUGCUCUGGUUAAUCUCUUUUCAGCGUCUCAGUCGCGUCAGCGAGAGCUCUGCGAGUCAGAAGUAGCCGUGCUAGGGGGUACUGGAAACAAUCUCUCUCUUCUCCGGGAUAUUGCUGCACAGCAGGAUAGAUUGCUCGAGACUGUUAUCAACAACGUCGUCAACAAUAAUAUCACCACGACCUUUCAGGGACCUGCAAAUGGGGGGUUUCAAGUUGGGUAUAACACUGGGCCCAUAAACACUCAUAUUCACCAUCCAGAACGACCAGCAACACCACCUAGUCCAUGUUCGACUAUCCCAUUUCUUCGUGAUCGGGACUUUGUCGUCCGUCAAACAAUCCUUGACCAGAUAAAUGAAAAGGCUACCCCGGGUUUUUGGGCCGCUCUUGUCGGCCUAGGAGGCGUUGGGAAAUCUCAGCUGGCAAUUGAACAUGGUUACCGCAUCAGGGAUCAGAGGCCUGAAACAUGGGUGUUCUGGGUAUAUGCGAGUAACUCAGCACGUUUCGAGGAAAGCUAUAGGGAGAUUGCAGAACGAGCAAAGAUUCCUAAGCGGGAUGAGACUGAUAAUAUCCUAAAGCUAGUCUAUGACUGGCUUUGCAAUCAUGGUAGGAAAUGGGUGAUCAUACUCGACAAUGCCGAUGAGCCUGAUUUUCUCUUAAAACCCGGACCUUCUGAUCAAGGACAGUCCAACGGCAGGGGACUGAUCACGUAUCUUCCCAAAGCGCAGAAUGGAUCGGUCUUAAUCACAACCCGAAGCAGACAGGCGGCUCUACAGCUGGUAGGGGAAAGUGACAUAAUACCAGUCGAACCUAUGGAUGAGACCCACGCAAUAGCCCUCCUAAGGACUAAACUCGGAUCAACUACCAAUGACGGAUCCCUUGCCAACCUUGCCGAAGCACUUGAGUUUAUGCCUCUUGCAAUCGCCCAGGCUGCAGCAUAUAUAUCCCAAAGAGCACCCCGCGUCUCAGUGGAGCAGUAUUUUGAAAAGUUCCAGAAGAGUGAUUCUAGAAAGACAAGCCUGCUUAGCUUUGAAGGAGGGAAGAUUCGUCGAGACACUGAUGCGAAAAACUCCGUCAUUACUACAUGGCAAAUAUCCUUUGAACAUAUACGGGAAAGGCGCCGGUCCGCGACCGACUUGCUAUCGUAUAUGAGCUUUUUCGACCGGCAGGGGAUUCCCGAAUUCAUGCUCCAUUGUUGCCGUAAUGGUAUGAGGCCGGACGAGAGCGCUAGCGAUGAAGACAGUGAUGAAGACCGUGACUCCGUUUCCAGCACAUCCGAAUCAAGCGAGGAUGAUGGCUUCGAAAACGACCUGCAGGUUCUAAGGGACUACUCGUUUAUCUCAGUUGGCGGGGAUCCAUCUCUCUUCGAAAUGCACAGGCUGGUGCAGCUAGCCACUCGGAAGUGGCUCAAGGCUCAUGGUGCACAUGAAACCUGGAAGCAACAAUUUAUCAGACAGCUUUCUGCCAAUUUUCCAGAUGGGGACUACAAAACUUGGGCAAUCUGCCAGGUAUUAUUCCCCCAUGCAAAAGUAGCGUUGGGACUAGAGCCCGAGGAUAAAGAGGUUGUAGGAAUGUGGACUUCGCUCUUGGGAAAUGCAGCAGAGUAUACCAUGGCCAAGGGAAAUACGGCCGAUUCGGACGAGCUGGCAGAGAAGUCGCUGGAAGUAUGUAAAAAAGUGUUUGGCGACGAGGAUGCGCUCACCCUAGACGCUAUGGGUAGACUAGGCUUAUCAUGCUUCUAUGCGGGUAAGUGGGCGAAGGCUGCGGAGUUACUGGAGGAAGUUGUAGAAAAAAGGAAAAGGCUGUUGGGUGAGGAGGACCCUACAACAUUGGUUAGCCUAGGCAACUUGUCGGCGGUAUAUACCCACCUAGGGCGAUUGGUAGAAGUGGAGGAGAUAGGACUGCACGUGCUUGAAAGGACGAAAGUGGUUCGUGGUGCAGAGGACCCAGACACAUUGACUACUAUGAGUUAUCUGGCACGAACAUACGCUGGACAGGAGAGGUGGAAGGAGUCUCAAGAGCUCGCGAUGGAAGUGCUGGAGAUAAGAAAGAGGGUUCUCGGCCUAGAGCAUCCAAAUACAUUAACCAGUAUGGGUGUUCUCGCAGAUGCAUACACGAACCUGGAGAGGCUGGAGGAGGCUACGGAGCUAGAAGAGCAGGUGUUAGAGAUACACAACAGGAUCCUGGGUGCAGAGCAUCCAAACACCUUAACGGUAAUGCAUAACUUAGCGGUGACAUAUAGGGACCAGGGACGGUUGAAGGAGGCCGAAGAGUUAGGGGUAAAGGCGAUGGAGAUGGGAAUAAAGGUCGACGGCAGAGAACAUCCAGCCACAUUAUCGACUAUGGCCCACGUGGCAUUAACAUACUGGGAACAGGGCCGAUGGGAGGAAGCAGAGAAGCUAGAGACAGAAGUGUUCGAGUCAAGAAAGAGGCUUUUAGGUCCAGAACAUAAAGACACGCUACGUGCCAUGAACAAUCUUGCUUGUACCUGGAAAGAGCAAGGCAAGGUGAGGGAGGCCAUUGACCUCAUGGUUGAGUGUUUACAGCUUAGCAUUGAGACUUUAGGUCCCGAGCACCGUGACACAUUAUACAGCUCUAAAACACUCGAGUUAUGGAGAACUGAAAUUGCUGACCAGGAAGAAGAACCAGGGGAGUAA